AUGCGCACCAUCUCGCACUCGCACUCACUCAGUCGGUGCUGGGAAACUAUUUUUCGUCAUCUUGCUUGAGUAGUUAUCCAGUUGCCAGUUAUCCUUCAUCCUUCAUUCGGAUUGAUUGGUUUGAUUGAUCUCGAACAUUUCAAGUAUUUCAAGAACAAAAGAUGCCUAAAGUAAAGUUGCAAAGCUCGGAUGGAGUCCAGGUUGAUGUGGACGUCGAAGUUAUUCAAUGCUCUCAAACCAUCAAAACCAUGUUGGAGGAUUUGGGAUUUGAAGAGGGCGACGAAGAAGUGAUCCCGUUACCCAAUGUCAAUUCCACCAUCUUGAAUAAAGUCAUCCUUUGGGCUACUCAUCACAAGGAUGAUGCUCCACCUCUUGAAGAUGAUGAGACCAAGGAGAAACGAACUGAUGAUAUCAGUAGUUGGGAUGCAGACUUUUUGAAAGUGGAACAGUCCACUUUGUUCGAGCUGAUUUUGGCAGCAAACUAUUUGGAUAUCAAGGGCUUGUUGGACGUGACCUGCAAGACCGUGGCAAACAUGAUCAAGGGGAAGACCCCCGAUGAAAUUCGAAAGCAGUUUAACAUCAAGAACGACUUCACUGUUGCUGAAGAAGAACAAAUUCGCAAGGAGAACGAGUGGUGUGAGGAAAAGUAGUCGCAUUCGUGAUAAGUUGUACGUAGGGCGAAAAAUAGGGUGGGACAACAGCAAACAAUUUUUGAUAGGCUACCCUGCGCACCUUUCUUUUAUUUACAAUACAGAUAAGUUAAGCUUGAAUUUUUCUGUUUCAUUUCCUUCAAAUGCAUAUUAAAUUCAACAGUUUCCUAAUUACUUAUGAUUUAUUACAUUUCUUAUUGGCAUUCAUGAUUGCUACAGUAUUACUCUACGGAAAAACUUGUAUUUGUAAUAUUCAAUGAUGACGUAAACAUAAAUUAAGUUUAUAGUCGGAUUUAUGGGGGUAUACAUUCAAUCCUUUUUUGAAUCUCAAUUUUCCCAUAAUCAUAUUUCGUAAAAAAGUUUCAUAAAUCUACUGAAGAUUAUUUCUAAAUAUGUAUAUAUUUAAACAAUUUCCCAAAACUUGAUGAAAAAUUGACGAAAUCCUGACUAAAUAAUAAAGCAUGCCACGCUAUUAUUGAUA